AUGUCUAAGAAAUUUGAUCGAUUGCUGGAGGCUGCCACUGACAGCACGAAUUUGGAGCCUAAUUGGGAUGGAAUUAUCGCUUGCUUUGAUUCAAUCAGAUCAGGGGAAGUGCCAGCAAAGGCGGCGAUGGUGGCAAUGCGGAAACGAAUCCAACAUGACAAUCCUCAUGUUGUAAUGCAUGCACUUCUUGUACUGGAUGCUUGUGUCAAAAACUGUGGCCACAAGAUCCACGCAGAAAUUGCUACAAGGGAAUUUAUGGAAGAGUUCAAAAAUCUGGGAAUUGGAAGUCAAUAUGAAGAUGUGAAGACAAAAGUUUUGGAAAUGCUACAGUGCUGGGCUAUGGCAUUUGCUAACAAACCUGAAUAUAAAAUUGUUGUGGAUACCCACAACCUUAUGAAGCUUGCUGGUUUCGAUUUUCCAUCGAUAAAGGAGGCCGAUGCCAUGUUCACUGCUCAAGUAGCCCCUGACUGGCAUGAUGGUUCGGAAUGCUUUCGAUGUCGGUCCGAGUUCUCACUCUUUAAUCGUAAACACCACUGCCGCGCUUGUGGUCAGAUUUUCUGUGAUCGCUGCAGUACCAAAGAGAUUCCUUUACCACAAUUUGGCAUUGAGAAGGAGGUCCGUGUGUGUGAUGCUUGCUUUGAGAAGAUUUCAUCAAAGGUAAACGAAUCCAAAGUAGUCAAGCCAUUAGCUUCUACUUCGGUGAAGGAAGACAUUCCACAGGCUGAAAAGGAAAAACUUCUUAAAGAAAAAGAGGAGGAGGACCUAGCACUGGCUCUAGCCAUAAGCCAGAGUGAGGCAGAAGCGAAGGUUGAGGAAUGGGCAGGUGCUUCAGCUUCUGCCCCAACCCCGAGCGACUCAUCGAUAACACCAACGAAUAUCGCUGUUGCUCCCGUUCAGGCUGAACUUGCUCAAUUAUCAUUAGGCAAGACGUUAGCUGUUACUGAUGAUAUGAAAUCCCAGACCGAAGGAACACUGAAGUGGUGCCAGCAAUUGAAGGAACAGGUGACAGUCAUGGAGAAUCGAAUCCGAUCAAACAAUGCUAGAGGGCGAUCUGUUUUGAAUGACACUGCUAUACAAGGGUUGUUUUCGACAUUGACUGAAUUCCAUUCACAAGUUCUGGGUGCCUUGACUAAACUAGACGAAGAAAGAACCUAUUACGAGUCUCUGCAAGACCACCUGGGUCACAUAAGUGAGGCUCGUUUAGCGAUUGAUGAACUUCGGGCAGAACACGGUCGUCGACAACAAGAACGUCUUGCGGAAGAACAGAGGCAGCGACAGGCACAGAUGAAGCAGACUUUGGAAAUGAUGCGCAUGAAAAAGCACGUAAUGUUAAUGGAGCAGCGCAAUGUUGCAUUGCAACGAUUUCAACAUCAAGAAAUGCAAGCGAGACGAGGACAGGUAUGGUCUAAAGCUAUGGCACCAGGCCCCUAUUACCCCAACUAUGGACCACAACAACCUGCGCCAGCUCAGGGUGGAUAUCCAGGUGAACAACUUCUCUAUGGGGUUUUAGUUUUAUUGACUCAGUUUGAAUUUUUCUAG